CGGCCCUGUAGGGUUUCGCAGGUUAUUUUUGCCGACCGUUUCGACAGAAAUUGGAUUCAGCACCGGAGCUGUACAGAACUGAUGUGGUCUUUUUGAAUCGAUGAUGCUCUCUUCGUGGUGCUGAAAUCCUUAGCUCUCUCUCUCUUUCUCUCUCUCUCUCUCUCUCUCUCUCUCUCUCUCUCUCUCUCUCUCUCUCUCUCUCUCUCUCUCUCUCUCUCUCUCUCUCUCUCUCUCUCUCUCUCUCUCUCUCUCUCUCUCUCUCUCUCUCUCUCUCUCUCUCUCUCUCUCUCUCUCCUCUCUAUCCCUCCCUGGUCCUCUCACACGCACAAAACCCUCUGUCAUGGCGUCUUCCAACAAUGUUACCCCAACCAACUGUAGUUGGUGGCCCAUAUCAGCUAUGGACGAAGACGACAAAAUCACUGACGGGGAGGAAAACGAAGAACCAGUUGCAGAAUCCAAACCCAAUUUCUCUAAAGACAGGCUCGUUUUGUACCAUUGGACGCAGUCAUUCAGCUCUCAAAAGGUGCGGCUGGUCAUCAACGAGAAGGGCCUGCUGUGUGAGGAGAGGGACGUGAGCCUGCCCCUGACCGAGCACAAGGAGCCCUGGUUCAUGAGGCUCAACCUGGGGGAGGAGGUGCCCGUCUUCAUCCACGGGGACACCAUUGUCAGCGACUACAACCAGAUCAUCGAGUAUCUUGAGACCAACAUUGUAGGAGAAGCUGUGGCCCAGCUGAUUCCAGACACGGGCUCAGCUCUCCAUGAGCGUGUGCAGCAGUACCGGGAGCUGCUAGACGGCCUGCCCAUGGACGCCUACACCCACGGCUGCAUCCUCCACCCAGAGAUCACCACCGACUCCAUGAUCCCAAAGUACGCCACCGCUGAAAUACGUAGACACUUGGCCAACGCCGCGUCUGAGCUGAUGAAGCUGGACCACGAGGAAGCUCAGUUGACAGAGCCGUACCUCUCCAAGCAGAAGAAACUCAUGGCAAAAAUAUUGGACCACGAUAAUGUGAACAAUCUGAAGAAGAUUCUAGGGGAGCUCGCCAUGGUUCUGGAUCAGGUAGAAGCUGAACUAGAAAAGAGGAAACUGGAGUAUGAAGGUCAAAAGUGUGAGUUAUGGCUUUGUGGACCUGAAUUUACACUAGCAGAUAUCUGCCUCGGAGCCACAUUGCACAGGCUUAAGUUCCUGGGACUUUCUAAGAAAUACUGGGAGGACGGCAGCCGACCCAACCUGCAGUCUUUUUUUGUGCGUGUGCAAAAACGCUACGCUUUCCGCAAGGUGUUAGGCGACAUCCACACUACUCUCUUGUCGGCAGUUCUACCCAACGCAUUCCGGAUGGUAAAAAAGAAGCCUCCAUCCUUCUUCGGGGCCUCUUUCCUAAUGGGCUCGUUGGGCGGGAUGGGGUACUUUGCCUAUUGGUUUUUAAAAAAGAAAUACAUGUAGUAAAUGCCCUCUUGUUGUGUUAAAUGUCUGUGUAUUUGUGUGAUGUUUCAACUUUUCUGUAAUGUUUUACGACAGCAGGAAAAUAUGAAUCUAUAUAGGGAACACUAUUACUUACUACUGGGUAAACAAAGAAAACAAAGACAUUCCAUAGCAAGGAAUUCUUGACAGCACAUUCUCUGGUAAUCAACACCUUCAUCUCUUUUAUUUCUGUCUCCCUUCACAUAAUUUUUUACUUUAUCAGUGGUUUAUUUUGAAGGCAUGCAUUAGGUCUAUUCGGUGGGCAAAUAAAACCUUUCUGUUUGACUACCUUUUGUAGGAUCAACCUAUUGCUUACAUCUAGGAGAGUCAGACAGUGGUUUGAGGUUACAAUCACAAUAGCAACUCAUAUACUCAUAGGGAUUCAUGAAAACCAGCAUGUCACUAUACAGUUUAUGUAGGCUAUGUUAUAGUUUUGGCGUUCACCUAUUGCCCUUCUCUCCUUCUUUGCCCCGGGGGUUCAGCCCGUGAACCCCAGGGGAUUUUCCUAACAAACCCUCAUCGGUACAAUCGCUGUGCUGCCUGAAAACUGCCAGAUGAAAUGAAGGAGAAGGCCACUAUCCCCAUACUGUGCACUCAAUCCCAGCCAUAGCACCAGGGUUCCAUGGAACACUUGCAGCACUAGAUUCAUUAGUUUUUCACACUUAACUGAUCGGAUAUCUAGACAUCAUUGAGGGUACUGUGCACCACAGCAGGGAACUGUCAAGGAAGGAGAACAUAAUUAAGCAGUGUAUACCAGAUUAGAUCCGGCAGAAAUACUGAAAAAUCAAUCAGUAGCUGUUGACUGUGUCCCUCCAGACAGUGGAAAGAUUGUUUCUGCCCUUGCAGAAGACGUUUUAAACAAUAUAUUUGUUAGUUUAAGUUGUAUGCUUACAUCAUGAGUUUUCACAUGGGUUUUGAUAUACAUGGCUGGCUUGAUUCCAAGAACUUUGAGCUUUAUCAGUUUCUGUACAUGAUUGACAGUUUAAAUCUGUAUAUUUUGGUUCCAUGAAUGGCCAUAUACUGUAUGUAUUAGUGACAUUGUUGUACAGCUGUUCUCAGUUUUAAACCUCUUAUCCAGCCCCUUCUAGUCAGUCUGACAAUAGCCCUCUCUGUGUAGGACCACAGCAGACCAUAUGCAUGGCUCUGGCAACAAGCAUUCCUUUAUAAAAACAGGGUUAACACUGAACAAUGAAGUCUUGUAAGGCCAACAACAGUAAAUAGUCCUAUUACUACAGUAGCCAAUAGGACAGGGUCUGUGUGGCUAUAUCUCUCAGUUGCCACAGAAACAGUUUAACAGCAAAGCUGCAGAAGGUUGUUCACCAUCUACGUGGAUAAUUGAUGCUGGUGCAGUAAAGGAUGUUUAACCAAAGACUAAGAUCAAUGUCUCAUUAACAGUGUGUCUGUCAGCUGUAGAACAUAAUUGAUAGUUUUGUCCCAUAGCUUCCUCUCUUCCUGAUGAACUGAACAAUUACAUUUUCCUAAAGAUUAUUGUGUUCUCUUUAAUGGGGACAAAUUGUAAAUAAUGAUGUGAAAGUCACAGGAUUGACCACUAGGUAAAGAAAAUCUACAUUAAAUCUGUUUUGAAAGUUGGAUGUUUGCAGGGGGCACCAUUGACUGUAUUUAUUAAUGCUUGACAUUACUGUAAUAGCCAUACAAAAAUGUUUCUAGAAAAUUCCACUGAAAUAGAUACUGGGAAUCUCACAAAUUCAGUAAAUGAACAAACUGUCAAAUUUGUCAUUGUCAAGACAAAUGGAAAGAUUAUGCUUCAUAACCGGCCACUAAUUGUGAAUGCUUGUUUAUUUUACAACCUCCUUGCUUCGAGCAGAAAGUUGGCUCUCAUGGCUUACACAAAACUGGUGGACAAAUUUAAACAAGUUAAGAAAUCCUUGUCGUUUUUUGUGACCAUUAUAUUUCACUAUAGUAUUUUCUUAUUUUUUACUUUUAAUUUUUUAUAUUUAUAAAUAUGCAUUUAUUUAUGGUGCUUUUUAUGAUGUCUGUUCAUAAGCCUUAAUUUAUUCAGUUGCCAUCAAUGACAAAUAAAUUAUUAAAAUGGAAAAUUGA